GUUUGGAGAGAAAAAAAAUGAGAGAAAAAUGGAGAGUUUACCCCACAGAGCUGAAGAAGGUGAGCCUCAUGGCAGCCCCCAUAAUCACUGCGUUAGUUCUUCAGUAUCUGCUGCAGGUCGUCACCCUCGUCGUCGUCGGCCAUCUCGGCGAUGAGCUCUUGCUUUCGGGAGUCUCCAUUGCCUCUUCCUUCGUCUGCGUCGCUGGCUAUAGCAUCCUUAUAGGGAUGACUGGAGCUUUGGAAACUCUAUGUGGGCAAGCAUAUGGGGCAGAGCAAUAUCAGAAGCUUAGUGUUUAUACUCACAGUUGCAUAAUUUCUCUCAUUUUGGUCUGUUUCCCAAUCUCUGUGCUGUUGUUCUUCACAGACAAGUUACUAAUUUCCAUUGGCCAAGACCCUUCCAUUUCUUCUGUGGCCAAAAAAUUCUCAGUUUUUCUAAUUCCAAGUCUGUUUGGGUAUUCAAUUCUUCAGUCUCUUCUGCGCUAUCUCCUCACUCAGAGCCUCAUUCUUCCUAUGCUCUUUAGCUCCUUUGCCACCCUCUGUUUGCACAUUCCCAUUUGUUGGCUUCUUGUGUUCCAUUUCAAGCUUAGGGUUGUGGGAGCUGCUUUGUCUCUUGAUAUAUCCUAUUGGCUCAAUGCCAUCUGCCUUGCCUUUUAUGUCUUCUUCUCUCCCUCUUGCAACAAGACUCGCACCCCGCUCUCGAGAGAGGCUGUCUCGAGCAUCCGCGAGUUCUUUCGCCUUGCCGUCCCCUCUGCAGCGAUGGUUUGCCUUGAGUGGUGGUCAUAUGAGGUCAUUCUCUUGCUUUCUGGGCUUCUACCAAAUCCUAAGGUGGAGGCUUCUGUGGUAUCUAUAUGUUUCUCCAUCACUUAUUUGCAUUUUUUCAUCCCAUGUGGCUUGGGGGACACAGUCAGUACAAGGGUUUCAAAUGAACUAGGAGCUGGAAAUCCAGAGGCAGCAAAAGUGGCAGUGAAGGUAGUGGGAGCUCUUGGCAUCAUAGAAUCAAUAAUUGUGAGUGUGAUUCUCUUUGGAUGUCGCAAUAUAUUGGGCUAUGCCUUCACCAAUGACACCCAAAUUGCCAACCACAUUGCCUCCAUGUUGCCUCUGAUUUGCCUUUCCAUUCUCACGGAUUGUUUCCUCGGUGUCCUUUCAGGGGUUGCCAGAGGCACGGGAUGGCAGAGAUUAGGAGCAUAUGUGAAUUUGGGAUCAUAUUAUAUAUUUGGGAUUCCAAUGGCAGCUGUUUUGGCUUUUGUGGCACAUUUGAGAGUCAAAGGGCUGUGGAUUGGCUUAGUCGCAGGAGCAACCCUUCAAAGCAUUGUGUUUGCUCUCAUUACCAUUUUUACUGAUUGGCAGAAACAGGCAUUAAAAGCAAGGGAAAGGGUACUUGAAGGAAAUACCUGAAAUAUUUACUCCACAUAUGAUGUGAUCAGAUUGGUCAAAGGACAUAAUUUUGUACUUGCAAUUAAACCCUUAGAGUUUGAUUCAAUU